AUGAAAUUGGAGGAACUGAUAGUACGGCUCAGAAUUGAGGAGGACAAUCGUGGUUCCGAUAAGAAGUCAGGAAAUCAUGUUAUGCAGGCUAAAGCAAAUGUUGUAGAACAUGGACAAGGGUUAAAGUUCAACAAUAAGAAGCAGAAGCAUGAUGUGCUGCCAAGCAUUUUUCAUAUACAAUUCUGUGCUUUCCUCUUCUCCAUCUCUCUCGUCGUUGUUCGAAUCUCAAUCGGCCUCUCGCAACAGUUGGACUUACGAUUCUCUCAAGAACUUGCGUCCGAUCUCUCUGAUCGUCCAAACCCAUCUCAAACAGAAUUUGAAGAAAACAGAAGAGGACGUGAAACUGACGAUUCUUACCUUUCUUGGCUACUUGUCUGUGUCCAUCUUUUUCACCUAGACUUGUUUAUCUCUCACUCACUAUGUUGUGCUCUGAUUGCUUCGGCUGCUGGAGCUUAUCUGCAUACCCUCUGGAAUAUUGGAGGCCUCCUCACGACCUUAGGUUAUCUGGGAAGCAUUGUUUGGCUACCCUCAACCCCUCCAUAUGAAGAGCAACAAAAGAGGGUUUCACUCUUGAUGGUGGAUGCACUGUUUGAAGGGGCUUCAAUUGCUCCUCUAAUUGAAUUGGCUAUUGAAAUUGAUCCAAGGUAAAUAUUUAUUCUAUCCACUCUUUCACCUCUUUAGUGGUUUUGAUAAUUGUUUGUAAUUGUGUGUUUCUUUCUUUUGGUUUCUGUGGGUUGUGUAUUUUUUUAGUAUUUUAUAUUGUUUAGGUGUUGUUUGCAUAGUAGCUCAUGUGUCGAUGGGAGUGACUUUUCGGCCUUUGUAGGCUUAAAAUCUUACUUUUGUGGGUUUUUGAACUUGUAAGAAUCUGUAGUGGGUCUUGUAAUUUCCUGAAUUUCUGUUUUUGUUACGUUGUGCACAACUUGAGACCAUAAGAGCCAAAUAAAUGGGAAAAUUUCUAAUCAGACUGAAACAAAGGAAGUGUGAAUACUGGAAAUUACUGUCAAAAUUAGUUUUUAAAGUUUCAUUAUGGUAUUUGUAUUAAAGAAAUUGCCUAUUUGUUGUGAUUCGUGAAUGGUCAAUGGAAAAAUUAUUAAAUUGAAAUUUGUUGUUAUUUAGUUUAUAGUUGUGCAACAUGCUGUCAUUUGAAUGUUGUGUGAACUUUUUGUCCAUCUCCUUCAUGACCUUAUGUGGAGCUUACAGUUCCUUUUCAUUUGUUAGUACAAUUACAGCAUACAUAUCUGUUUGUUGUUCUCGGUUAAUUCAAUGGGUUGGUUGGUGCAUUUACAUUCUUUAUAUUUCCCUUGUUUUGAACUAGGGGUGCAUUGAAAUUCAAUAUUAGAGCAAACCAACAAAAAACAAAACAAUCAAAUCUAACGACAAAACAGAAUUAGAGAAUUGAAUAACAACUGAUUAGGGUUUUAUUUUUCAAAUUAGGGCUUCGAAAUUAGGGUUCUCAAAUUAUUUGGUUUUUAUGAGUUUAAGGUUUUUUGAUUUGGUUACUUGGUAAUUAUUUUUAUAAUA